AUGCACAUAGUAGGUCAACAUCCUUUCUAUCAAACCACAGAAGAAGAUCGUCUUUUAAUUCGGAAGGAGCUUGGGUUUAAGGACAGUAUCUUACAAGAAGAUAUAGAUGCGAUAAUUGAAUGGUUUCAAAAACAGCCACACUUAGCACACGCACCUAUAGAUCGUGACUACGUAGAAAAAAUAUUAAUUUCAACAAAAGGCUCACAAGAAAAAGCGAAGCGUAAAAUCGAUAACUUCUAUAAGUAUAGAUCCCUAGCACCUGAACUUGUGCAACAAAGAAUCCAAGACCUCGAUGACCCUAAUUACGAUCCAUGGAUCACUUAUCGUCAAGCCGCCAUGUUGAAACUUUACAAUGGGAAGAGAAUUUCCGUGUUUAAGUUAACAGAACCAAACGCGAGUAAAGUGAUUAUUGAUGUUAUGUUGAAGAACACUGUAAUGCUGGGAGAUUUACGACUGAAGUACGAUUACAUGUUAGGAGAUAUCUGGAUUUUCGAUUUGCAAAACGCUUCAAUAGGUCACUUACUGCAAUUUAAUUUACUAACAUUCCAGAAAUUCGUAAAUAUUAUACAGGAUGGGGUUGGCUUCAGGAUUUAUGAAAUCCAUGUAAUAAACGCGACGUCGUUUAGUCAAGCUUUCCUUAAUUUUGUCAAACAAUUCGUCAAACCGAAAAUAGUGGGAAGAAUGGUAGUUCACAGAACAAUAGAGGAACUACAAGCACACAUUCCGAAAACCUAUUUGCCCAAAGACUAUGGUGGAGAGCAACCAUCUUUAGAUGAGUUUAAGGAACUGUAUCUGCGUGAAAUAAGAAAAGGCCCAACAAAGGAUUGCCUAAUAGAGUAUUGUCAACUAAUUUCUGAUGAAAAGAAUAGGCCUGGAGAUUUCGAAGAAGAAUACCUUGUGGGAUCGUUUAAGAAAUUGGAAUUUGAU